AUGAAAAUAGUUCAGUUUCGACGAAUAAUAUUCUUCCAUAUUCUUUGUCAGACACGUACUGAUCUAUUAUGUUUCAUUGAUCCAGCCUGUUUCUUUGGUGAUGAAUGUCAAUUUUAUACCAAAGGUUUUGGCCCAACAUUAGAUGAAAUAUUAGGUUAUGAAUUAAAACGUAAUACAAUAUUAUCUAAACAAUUUAUCACAGUAAUAAUGAGUGUUACUAUUACAAUGAUAAUAUCUGUUAUAGACAAAUGGCUGAAUGCUUGUGUAUCUAUCGAAGGAAUCGUUUCUGUACAUCAAGGAAUUAGUUUUAAUACGGGGAAAAGUAAAACAAUUGCCAAAUAUGCAAUGGCACUAGUAUUUCUUAGCAACUUCGGUGUCUAUGUUCUUCAAAUAAUUGAACUUCGUGUUUUUACUGACAACAUAGAAGAACGAAGUUGGUGUGUCAUUACUUAUUCAUCAUUUAUGCAAAUAUAUAGUUUUACUUUGAUUAUGUUUUAUUAUAUUGGUCCGUUAGCAACUAAUGUGAUAUCUGCUAUUACUAUUAUUAUAAUAACUGCUUGUCAGCGUUACCGAACAGCUGCUAAGACAAACUGUACAGUACCAGAUCCCAAAGCAUUAAAUCAAAACAAUAAGAACGGUAAUAUUGCAAAGAAACCAAAAGAAUUACCAAAUUUAGAAGAAUAA